AUGCCAGCUCAGAAGAGGGCCUCCAUCGUGAUCGUGGGUCUACCUUGGAACGACGGCCGCAUGCAGCAGCGUUUUGGAAUCGAUCCGAUGAUCAUCAAAGAGGGCAUUGAGGAGAUGAACCGAUUGAUGGAGGAGAAUGGGUUUGGAGAGACGUGUGUCAGCGUGCAAGCAAGCGAUAAGACUGGGCUGGACGAAUUCAAGAACGUCUUCAAGGCACGGAAAAGAGACGCACUCUUCCUUGGCGGAGGGCUGAGGAUCGGCGGUGGGUUUGAGAGCUUCAGGGAAGAAGUCAUCGCUGCGGCAAGGGAGAUACAACCGGACAUCAAUGUCGUCCAGGUCAGUCUGAUGAAAGGUCCUCAAAGCGUGGUGGAUGCAGCCGAGGAGGUCGAGAAGUCGCUGGAGAAACAACCAGCGUAG